UUUUGGCUUCGUUUUGUGACAAGCAGGGCAGCGCCAAGCCGGUUUACCGCCGUUCGCUUGAGAAAUAAUUUUAACUUUCACGAGAAUACCAAAUAAAACAUGGCAUACAAAGGCCCACCGAAAGUCCAGAAGGUGAUGGUGCAGCCCAUCAACCUUAUCUUCAGAUAUCUGCAAAACCGAAGCCGAGUGCAAGUUUGGUUGUACGAGAACGUAAAUCUCCGGAUCGAGGGCCACAUUGUAGGCUUCGACGAAUACAUGAACAUUGUCUUGGACGAGGCGGAGGAAGUUCACAUGAAGACCAAAAAUAGAAAGCAAAUCGGAAGAAUUAUGAUGAAAGGAGACAAUAUAACGCUUAUCCAAAACGUCAAUCCUAACGCCGCUGUGUGAUUCUAGGUUAUGUUAUUUUAUAAGCUACAAGUGAAUACAAGUGCAAAGGAUAAGCAUUCCUUGGGUUAAAAGUGCGUCGACGUGUUUAUUUUAAGUAAUUGAAACCUUUACCUUGUAAGAACAAGUGGCAUACCAAUAUGGAUUAUGUUCAUUAAAUUUAAGACCUAAGUA